GACCCCACCCACCCCGGAUCCCGGCAAUGCUAACCGCUGUCUGCGGCUCUCUGGGCAGCCAGCACACGGACGCGCCGCACGCUUCGCCGCCGCGCCUCGACCUGCAGCCUCUCCAAACAUACCAGGGCCACACGAGCCCGGAGGCCGGGGACUACCCCUCCCCGCUGCCGCCUGGGGAGCUGCAGAGCCUCCCGCUGGGCCCGGAGGUAGACUUCUCCCAGGGCUAUGAGCUGCCAGGAGCCUCCUCGCGGGUGACCUGCGAGGACCUGGAAAGCGAUAGUCCCCUGGCCCCGGGACCCUUUUCCAAACUCCUGCAGCCGGACAUGUCACACCAUUAUGAAUCCUGGUUCCGGCCAACUCAUCCAGGCACCGAAGAUGGCUCGUGGUGGGACCUUCAUCCCGGCACCAGCUGGAUGGACCUCCCCCAUACCCAGGGUGCGUUGACCUCACCUGGCCACCCGGGGGCGCUCCAGGCCGGCUUGGGGGGCUACGUUGGAGACCACCAGCUCUGUGCCCCGCCGCCCCACCCGCACCCGCACCACCUCCUCCCGGCCGCCGGAGGGCAGCACCUCCUGGGGCCGCCCGAUGGGGCUAAAGUCUUGGAAGCCGCGGCGCCGGAGUCCCAGGGUCUGGAUUCCAGUCUGGAUGCGGCGGCCCGCCCCAAAGGCUCCCGCCGAUCGGUGCCUCGCAGCUCGGGCCAGACCGUGUGUCGCUGUCCCAAUUGUCUGGAGGCGGAGCGACUGGGAGCUCCGUGCGGGCCGGACGGGGGCAAGAAGAAGCAUUUGCACAAUUGCCACAUCCCCGGCUGCGGGAAAGCCUACGCCAAGACGUCGCACCUGAAGGCGCACCUGCGCUGGCACAGCGGCGACCGCCCCUUCGUGUGCAACUGGCUCUUCUGCGGCAAGCGCUUCACGCGCUCCGACGAGCUGCAGCGCCACCUGCAGACGCACACGGGCACCAAGAAGUUCCCGUGCGCCGUGUGCAGCCGCGUCUUCAUGCGCAGCGACCACCUGGCCAAGCACAUGAAAACCCACGAGGGCGCCAAGGAGGAGGCCGCGGGAGCCACCCCCGGCGACCCCAAGGCCGGGGGCACCGUGGAGCCCGCCGGGGGCAAAGGGAAACGGGAGGCCGAGGGCAGCAGCAGCGCAGCAGGGCCCUCCAACUGAGC